AACAUCAAUUUUUAUAUCUUCAAGGGAGGUUGGAAAUCAGAGGUUGUUCAAAGGGUGGAUAGCGAAAUGAGCGAUGAUUCUCAGGUGGCCGAUAGCGAAGAAGUAUAUGAUGAUGUCAAUAAAAAAGGAACAAUGUCACCUCAAGAAGUUGUAGAUGAGAUAGCUAAAGGUGGUGAACAGGUAAUAAUUGAUUGGCAUAAUAUAAUUCUUAAAGAACCUCCGAAAUUUGAUAAGUUUUUGGAUAAAGUGAAUGCACUGAAAAACCGUUAUCCAAAUGUGAUAUUAUACGAUCGUUCACGUGUUAAAUUACAAGGUGAUAAACCUGGUGAUGAUUAUUAUCACGCAUCAUAUGUUGAUUCAUACGAACGACCAGAUGGUUACAUUUUGGCUCAAGCUCCCUUUGACGAGACUACAGAAUCUGAUUUCUGGCGAAUGAUUUAUCAAACGAAUGCAAAGUUAAUUGUGCUGCUAACAGAUGUCCACAAUCGUGAGGGAAACCGUCUAAUCAAGCAUUUCUGGCCAGAUAGCAACGCUAAUACACGUACUUACUCUCAUACCCAAAUUAAAGUUGAAUACACCUCUUGUGAAAAUAUCGCUACAUGUGAUUUGUACAACUUUGUUAUUACUGGUCCAGCACCAAGUGCCAGAACUCCAUUUGAAAUUAUGAUGUUGCACUACCGCAAAUGGAUUGAAGACAAGGCAAUCCCGGAAAAUUUGCUGGAAUUACGAUCUGAGGUGAAAAGAUGGGAUCUGCAAAAGACCAAAAGAGGUAUUACGGGGCCAAUUUGCCUGAUGUGUCCUACAGGUGUGCAUCGCUCAGGAACUUUUGCCGUGCUUGAUAUUGUUCUCGAUCGGGUAUGCGCUGAGAAGAAGGUUGCUAUAGACUUUACAUUAACAUUUCGACUACAGCUGGAAAUAAACAAACUUUAUCAAGAAAAAGGUGUAAAAAUGGUGGGAUUGCUAGAAACCGCAAGUAUUGUACGUAAGCAACGGUACGGAUGUAUGACGCAUUACUCACAUUACAGCUGCGUGGCAGACUUAAUCGUGCGUUAUGCAGUAGCAACAGGUAUUGUAGAUAUCACGCGAAUCAGCCAGAAGCAGUAA